AUUCGCGAUUUGAACGUCGGCGCGCGUGUUUUGUUUUGUGCGCGUAAAUCGCGUUGCUGCGGGUUCGAACAUGUGAAUGCACGAUUUUUUCAAGUUUUUUCGUAAUAGAAGCUGUGAUAUUGUUUUUUCGGCGGUGGAUAUGAUUAAUUAGUUAAAAAUGAUCCGCUACACGAAUCUACAGGUGGUAACUUUAAUAGCACCGGCAGUUGUUUCGGUCUUAUUGAUAUGGACCGUGGCCAUAUUCCAUAAGAAUCGAAAAAAAUGGGGUCCACACGAUAUACCGGUUGUUUCCCUCAUGGUUUUGAGUGUGCUAAGAAAUAUUUGUGUUUUGACUUAUUUACUGUUUGUGACUUUAAACGAGCAGGUUUUCGAUGUGGACUACUGCGGCAUAGUUGUGUGGUUAUUUAAUUCGGUUCACACCUUUCAAGCCUCAAUUUUGACCACGAUUGCUGUUAUAGGACUUUUUAGUUCUAAAUUGCACAGAAAAAAGCAAAAUUUGCGGCAAUUUUUGACGACCACCCACAUCGUUUAUCAUUUGUUUUGUUUGACGACUUUGUGCGCGUGCGUGGGGGUUGCCGCGAUCCUGGCGAAAAAUCGGGAAUCAAAAAGUGCUAUUUUUCAAAAUGUGACUGUCUUCAACAGUUUCAACCCUUGCAGUUUCUUACCUUUCGAGUUGGACAUAAAAUUCAACAUAUUUAUCUUAGUAUUACACAUUACUCUGUUCACCAUAUCAUUCGGGUCGUUCGUGUUAAUAUGUUACCACCACUUUAAAUCGAAAACUUCGACGUUCGACUACCUAAAAAAAUCGAACUCGGACCUGUCGGAUUUGUCGUUACCAAACUUCGAGAACAAAAGUUACUACGACACUUACACGGUUCAAAACAAACAAAACCCGGCGUGGACCUCGGAUAUGUCAAACAUAUCCACGACUGUCAGUUCUACGAACAGCAGAAGGCCGUGCAUCUCGAAAAAACAGUACGAAACAAUCGAGAAUUGGAACAGGACCGGCUUGGAGACCAUCCACCCCAUCCUGAUAGUCUGCUACCUGUUCUACCAUCUACCACUAAUGGUUUUGUGCAUUUAUCCAAAAUUAAUCCACCCAUACUCGGUUUCUGGUGCUGCCUUGUGGCUGGGGCUUCUACAGGACCUCUUGAUGCCCAUUGGGUUGGGAAUAGUGGAUUCCAGGUUUUGCAAAUGGGUUGCGAGCGCCUAUAAAUGCACUCAAACCAACUCGGAAGAGAAAUUACCGCACGUUGGCGUGGACGGGAAAUUUCGCCCUUUCGGCGGCAGUCAGCCUCAGAGCCUGGAAGUCAAUGGGAUUCAGGAGCGGAGUUCGCGCGGGUUUCAAACGAUCGAGCAUCGGUUUCCAAUAACGACGGGGACUCUGUAUACGAGUAUAGAUGGAAACAAUCGACUGCCGGUCAUACAGAAUUACAGGAGGCAAAAUAGAGAACAAUUAGGCAUAAGACCAAUUUCGGCGCACGAGCCGCUGAAAACGGCUUCGAACGUUUCCCUUCAUCACUCCGCGCACUUGAAACGUCCGCACGAGUUCGAUAAAGGCUUGAAAUGUUCCAAUUGCGAGGCCAACUUGUGCCCGAGUCACUCGGACUUGCACCAUUUGAGUCACAAGCAGAUAAAUUACGUGGAACCGAGCGUAAAUCGACAAAUACAGCGCCGGUUGAGCGUCGAAGAUGUCUCGAGGAAUAACGUGAACGUAAUAAAGGUUUCCAAUGGUGAUUUAUCGAGAGUAAACAGUCGGAAGCUGAGUAAAAGUCAGGAUAACAUCCGCAGCAAUGUUGUGACCACAAACAACAACGUUUUAAGGAUUUCGCAGCGAAAUAUCCACGUGCACAGUCGCGAUUAUUACCACAGCUCGGAAUCCGAUGAGGACUACAGCUCGGACAACCAAAAUAACAACUUCGACAGCACCAGCAGCUGUAACUCCAUAACAACCGAAGCUAAUUGCGACUUCGAGUUUUACCACAAAGAAGAUUUGCUGCACGGCGAUAAAAAUCAACGGCAAGCGAGAAAAACGCAGCAGGACAAUCUACAGAGUUAUUGUGAUAUGCACAAUAAUGACCAGGAUUAUUUUUCGAUAUCCUCUCAUCCAAUAAUGUCGAGUUUCAAGCCCAACGAAUAUAAAAUGAUGAUGCAACAACAAGGCAAAGACUCAAACUUAAAACAAAACACAACCAACGACAAUUUGCUAAACUUCAAAAUUAAACGUUCAAACUCCAAAAGGUCUUUGGAAAACUUUCAAAUGUUUAUAGAAACUGACGUCAAUCGCAACGAAAACAAAAAUCCACUGUUUGAAAAUAACGAUAAUUUAAAUUUGAAGCGAUCCAACUCAUACAUGACUUUGGAGGACUGUAGGAAUGUGGUAAAAAGCGAUAAACCUUGUUUUCACUUGAAAAACAAAUCGAUAGAGUGCAUUCCAAUACAGAGGACGCUCUAUUACGAGGACUUCAGAGAUUGCAAGAAAUUCAGCAACAAUAAUAAAUACAUCGGAAGUGUUCCGGACUUUAAAAAAGUUUUCAUUUCAGAGUUUAUUUAGAAAAUGUACUUAUUUAAUAUAUUAUUUAUACCAAUCAACCUGUAAAUUUAGUCAAUAAUAUACUGUGUAUAUUAUUGUAAGUUAAAAAUAAAAAGAAAAACCAA